UGUCGUCCUCCUUCCACCACAAGCAUAUAUAUAUAUAUAAGUGUGGUAGUCAGAAGCCCCCAGACCAUCUGCAUCUUCAGAGGAUCUUCAGAGAGAGCCACCAUGAGGAGCAUGGCCAUCUUUGUGCUUUGUGUGCUGGCUGCCGCUAUGCUCUCAUCAGUCUGCUGCAACAAUUCCAGCGGUCCUGACGACUGCUGCUUCAAGCACUACCCAAUAAAACUCAACCAAAGAUUCAUUCAGUCAUAUUACAUGACUGACAGCAGAUGCCCCAUCAUGGGAGUCAUUCUGGUGACUAAAAAAAAGCAUCAUAUCUGCGCCAACCCCAAUCUCCCCUGGGUGGAGAGAAUCAUGAAAACUUUGGAUGAAUCCACCCUGUGAAGUGGCCGCUGCUUCUUCUGCUUCUUCUUCUCUAAUUCUUCACUUUAUUAGAGUUUAUUAGUAGGUUUGUCCAGUGUAGCCAUGUUGGAAUUAAAUAGUGUCAUGGAGUUUUUACCUCUAUUACUCUGAAUAAACAAACUUCAU